AGUCUGCAGCCUCAUCGCUAGAUGACACUAAAUCUCUCACACUGGUCCUUUAAAGACACCCCAGUGCAAAUAGUGCUGAUAAGAGCUCUGCUGCUGACUCCGCCUACUGAGUUGUCCUGGGAAACACUAACAACUGUAAGAAAGUGCAGGCAGUUCUCCUGUUUUUGACCGGACACUUUCGUAGGAAAACUACUCCGCCGCUCUUUCUUUUCACCCAGCAGUACAAACCUUUUUAAAGGACAUUUUGGCCCAGCUCCAAACACUGUAACUCCAUCCAUUAGGAGGAUUAUUAUGCGUCCAAAAGCUGCAGCUUCACACUGAGCUCCAUCUGCUUGAGUGUCCAGUGACAUGAAACUCAAUCCACAGCAAGCUCCAUUGUAUGGGCAGUGUGUUAUCACAGUGCAGCUCACCGACGAAGAGCUGGCUGCGGAUGAGGAAGGCGUCGACUAUUUCCUGCUGUUUGCUGGCAGCACACAGAGACACCUGACCGGCACCGUAAGGAGCAGUCAUGACACCUUGCAGGCGUUGUGCCCUGCUCAUGACUGUUGUGAGGCGGUGUUGGUCACCCUGUGUUCAGUCUGCCGAGUUGUGUCCGACACCCCCGAGGACCUAAAGCCCUGUCUGGGUCACGUGACUCCACUGGGAGAGCAUCGCUUCAGCUUUGUCCAGGAUUUGGCUUUUGACAUGGCCCAGUUCCUGGUAAGCACAGCGGGCCGGGCUGACGGCCUCGAUGGGGCGCUGCUGCUGGAUGAGUGUCAGAUUCCCCUGUCGGAGUGUGAACGUCUGGAUGAGAGCCUGGCCCUGGCCCUCCACCACCUCGUACUGCCUCCAGGAUGGAGCUUACUGGGGAACAAACUCGCCAACAACACUGACCUGGAUCCUCAGGAGACUCUGCUGCAUUUUUCAGCACGACGGGGUCUCUUUCGGGUGACGCACUUCUUGCUGCGGCAGUCUGGGGCGAGAGAAGCCCUGCGACUGACCAACAGACAAGGCCACACCCCUGCCGCCAUUGCAACACAGCGCGGACACACACGUCUCCACGAGCUCCUCACACAGGCUGAGACGAAUACAGAGACGGACAAAGGGACUGGGACUGUCCAGCUGGUCUCUACAGACGGCCGGGUAGUUUGCCACCUCCCAACGCUGAACACACACACUCUGACACUGAGCAUCUACCCCGGUCGCGACCCUCCGACCCUCCAGAGGAGUGUUGAGCAGCUGCUGCACUUGAUAUGUCAUCUCCAUGCCAAGGGAGUUUCUGUACUGGAGCUGCAGUUUGAUUCUCUCCACACAGCUGCUGAAUGCUGUGAUGGUGUAGAAACAGAGAUAACCUGUCUGGAGCGACUACAGCUGCCUGCUAUAGCAUCAGAUACAACAACUCAAGAGAGCUGGCAAGAAAACUGCUCAGUGGAAAGCAGCUGUAGUGUUGAUUGUGGACAUGGUGAGACUGGGAAUGCAGAAAAAGACUGCAGUUUGUCUGUGAGUACUCCAGCGUCCGAAGUACGCUCCCCGGAGCAUGGCCUCGGCCCCCCGGAGGAUUGGGUGUGUCUCAAUUCCAACAUUGAGAGAGAUUAUUGCCAAACGGAGGAGGAGGGAAGCAAACUGCCUGAUGUUUCCACCCAGACUUUGAGUUUGUGUGACAGGAGUGAAGGAGCGCAGAUUGAGGCAGAAGGGGGGAGCCUCACUGUGGGAACCCUACCACUAGGAGACUGUGGUAAACAGACAGAGGAAACUGAUAGAGGAGAGGCUGUGAUCCGGGAAGGACAGGAGGCCACAGAGGGAGAGGACAGAUCUGAGCAGGAAGCAGAGGAAAGCACAGGAAGGACAGAGGAGGAGACCAAAUCACAGUCAACAGAUCUAAUAACACCCAGUGGAGACACGAUAGUUGCAGUCAUGGGCCAGUCCGCUUCAUCAGAGGGUUCUGAGGUAUUGGACACCUCUGACUCUGAAAUGAAAGAGUGCUGCCAGGAUGGUGAGAUUGCAGCAAAAGAGAUGAAACAUGACCAGGAGCUUUGUGCCGGACACUCUUUAGAGGAAAGAGCAGAGAGUGAAGGGUUAACAGACCCUGUAUCCACCCCCGAGGACCUCCCCAACCCAUCGCUGAUAGACUACGGUGAUGUAAUCGAGGAGUCAGAAUCUGCUGUUCCACGUCUCUUGAUAGAAGGCCUCCAUGAGGGGGAACCUCCACCAGACACAAACAGCCUGGAACAAAACCAGGAAACAGCUGGUAGGGAUUACGCUACAGAGCAGCAGUGGGGCUUGGCUCCAGAAGCUGGGAACUGUACUGGAACAACCAGUGGUGAAGAGCUAGAUAGUGAAAACGUAGUUGAACUUUCUGGAUACAAUGUAGAAAGUACAAGUUUGUCGAUGGAUGAACCUGACAAAACUGAAGAAACAGCUGUAACAAAUACAGGGGAUUUUCGGACUGCUGGUAACUCUGUGGAAGAUACACAGACAGAUCCGGUCGACUGUGAUCCACCACCUGAAGCGAUGCCCAGCUCCGGUGAUACACAUGCCGAUCUUGAAUCAAGGAUGACCCACAGCAUCUCCAGUGAUGAUGACAGCAGUUUCCGAUCAGUCGGAAGCUCCAUAACAGACAUAUUCCACCCGACUCAGGAAAACGCCACCGUGGAGGAGCAGGACUUGAAUCAAACCAAGAUAGCAGAACUGUCCUCCGCAGGAGACAAUAUGGAGCAACAAAAUGAUAUGGAACCUGGUGAAAGCAGUGAACAUUCACUAACCAUGGACACAGGGCUCCAUGUGGAGUCUGGCAGUGUCAGUGCACUGACAGUGACAGACUGCAGCCAGACUGGCACUGAGCCUGAAGCACAACUGUCACCCAGCCUCCAAACAAUGGAGGCUUUGAAUCCUGAGGGGACGAAAGAAAAACUCGCCCCAGAGCUUCCCAAAGAGGAUCUGUCAUUAGGUUCAGCAUUGUUAGAGAGUGGAGAUGGUCCAAUGUUGAAGGUCGAUGAAAGUGAAACUGGAGAGGCCAACGACUCUGACCUGAAUGCAGAGAUUGAGCAUCCUGCAUCAGAGGUCACCGACAGAGUCUUACUUGAACCCAGUCCAUCUGCUGCAGAGGAGAGUAAAGUGAUUGGCCUAGUUGAAGGAGACACUGAGCCUACAGGGACCAAUGAUAAAUCUGCGGUGGCCUCAGCAGAGGAGAGUGGAAACGUGCAAUUUGCUCUACAGCAACACAAACAAGAUACUGCAGAGAUGACAGUCGAUGAAAGGACACCUGAUGAGGGAUUAAGGCACUCUGUAGAUGUCACAUCGGCAGGAGCAGAAUCACCUCUUCCGAACAAUGAAGCAUCAAGUGAACCUCAUGUUGAGAGUGAGAUGACGGAAAAUCCAAAGACUCUUGACACAGUGGAUGGAGCCUCAGAGGGCCUCAGCAGUCCAAUCCAAGAGGUGGAUAUCAUCAUGUCUGAAGACGCUGUAAUUGGUGCAGGAGGGGAAGAAAAUGGCCCAGCAGAGGAAACAGACUUCUCCACGAUCCACCGAGACAGAGAGGCGUCGUUCCAUCAGCCCUUCAACACUCAACACUCAGGUUCCUCACAGUCUUCGGUGUUGCCCAGUAGGACCAGCAGUGCCACCAGUUGUCCCUCCACAACUCACAGAGACUCCAGCAGCGACACAGAAAGCUUCCUGGGUGUGGAGCCGGGAUAUGACAGCGUUUUCAGAAAGAAUGAUGAACCAGUGACAGGAGGAGACAGUGCCAGCGAGGUUUCCGUCUCCUGCUCCUCCACAGACGACACCGCAAGCGUCGGCCCGUCCAGCUCCAGUCCCGAGGGCAGCCAGGGCCUGGGCUGCAGCUGGAGCCCAGAGGAGGGCCUCCAGACUGGGGCUCCCAUCACUGCAGACGGAGGUGGUGGAGGAGGAGGAGGAGGAGCAGCGGGAGAAGCCGAAGAAGAGGCCAAAGACAGAGUGACAGAGGUGCCGAGGCGCUCCUGUCUCCUCCGGAACAGCAUCCGCUCCCUGUCGCCUCUUCGCCGUCACAGCUGGGGUCCUGGAAAGAACAACGGAGGAGACGCAGAGAUGAACCAAAGGAGUUCCAUCCGUAUCCCUGGUGAGGGCAAGCCGACCUUUCACAGGAGAAGUAUCAGCUGGUGCCCUCCUGGUGCUCCCCACAUCCAUGGUGCGGAAGUAGUUAGUUCCCUCAGCUACAGCUUGGAGGGGCUCAGUGGGGGCCAAGAGGAGCUGAGGAGACCCACCGCCCAGGGGCCCCGAAUCCUCGAGCCUUUAAGGAUGUUCCGGCACGACAGCGAUGAUAGGGGCUCCCUGGUGUCUCUAACUGAGGAGCAGGAGGAGAUGGAGGAGCACAGCAGACUGGACAACCAGAAGUCAAGGCGGUAUCGACCUCUGCGAAACAGCUGUCCUCCAAUGGCCCUGCCCCUCACCAAGUCUGUAUCCAUGCUCGCCAUCAGCCAGAGAGACAUUGAUGGUAUGAAAUCGUUUUCUAGCGCCUCUGGAUCACUAGCAUACAGUAUAUCAGAGGAGGAGCCUGGCCCUCUAAGGAGUGACACUGAGGGAAAGAAUGUGACGAAAGUCAGCCGGACCUUCAGCUACCUCAAGAACAAGAUGUACAAAAAGACCAGGGAAAAGGAGCGAGAGAAACGGGAGAAAGAGAAGGAGGGUAAGGAGAAGGACAAGAAAGCGGUGAAUGGUCAUCUAUUCGUAUCAAUCAGCUCAGGGCAGGCAGUCCAGUGCUCCCAGUGCAAUAAGGCUUUCAACAGUAAGGAGGCUUUCCAAUGCACACACUGUAAUGCUUCCGUCCACAAGGGCUGCAGGGACAGUCUGCCUGUUUGCGCCAAGGUGAAGAUGAAGUUGCCCAAGCAGCAGUUUACAGUACCAGAUUCAAGCUCUUUCCCCACAGUCACGAUGAGGAACAAAUCUGGUGGGACAAGAGAACGUCCCUGGUCAGCCAUCUUGUCCCCAGAAGAUCAUUCUUCACUGAUUAUUCCAUCAUCACGGAGACACACAAGUAUCAUGACCUUCCACGGCAACAACCUGUCCAAGAGUCUCUCCAUAAGCAACAUUGCUGGUCCGGUGUUUGACGACAUGCCCAUCAAAGGCCUGCGGUAUCUUUCCCAGUCCACUGACUCCCUCAACAGAACAAACCAGGUCACAGAGUCCAUGGAAUCGCUCACUGAUGAAGGGACAGAGAUGAUGGACGGGCAGCUGAUGGGGGAGUUCGAGGCAGAGGCCAAGGACCUGGAAGCUGACUCGUGGAGUUUAGGUGUGGAGCAGCAGUACCUGCAGCAGCUGGACAAAGAGCUGGUGAAGAGACAGGAUGUCAUCUACGAGCUGAUGCAGACUGAGAUGCAUCACAUUCGGACGUUACGCAUCAUGUCAGAAGUCUACAGUAAAGGCCUGCAGAAGGAGGUGCAGCUGGAGCUACAGACAGUGGAGAGGCUGUUCCCAGCUCUAGAUGAGCUCCUGGAGAUCCACACGCAGCACCUCCUCCGCCUCCUGGAGAGGAAGAGGGAGAGCCAGCUGGAGGGGGGAAGCUUUGAUGGAGCAUUCAUUAUCAACAGGAUCGGAGACAUCCUGGUCAGCCAGUUCUCAGGAUCCAAUGGUGAAAGCAUGAAGAGAAUUUAUGGAAGAUUCUGCAGUCGCCAUAAUGAAGCCGUCAACUUCUACAAGGACCUCCUGAACAAAGACAAACGCUUUAAGGCCUUUAUCAAAAAAAAGAUGAGUAGCAGCAUUGUGCGGAGGCUUGGUAUCCCAGAAUGCAUCUUGCUGGUGACCCAGAGGAUAACAAAAUACCCGGUGCUGAUUCAGAGAAUGCUGCAGCACACUAAAGAGGGCGAGGAAGAUUACGACGACCUGACAGAGGCUGUGCGGCUUGUGAAGGAGGUGAUUGCGGCGGUCGAUGCCAAGGUGAACGAGCACGACAAGAAGCGGCGUCUGAAGGAAUUUCACAGCCGCAUGGACAGCAAGUCCAUCAUGAUGAUGAAGAGUGGUCAGAUCUUUGCUAGGGAGGAUCUGCUAAGGAGGAGGCUGAUCCAUGACGGAGUGCUGCAGCUAAAGAACAGCCAGGGGAGACUAAAAGAUGUCCACGCUUUGCUCCUAUCGGACGUCUUCGUCUUCCUCCAAGAGAAGGACCAGAAAUAUGCCUUCGCCAUGCUGGACCAGCGCUCCACAGUCCUCUCCCUCCAGAAGCUGAUUGUUCGGGAGGUCGCUAACGAAGAGCGGGGCCUCUUCCUCAUCACGGCAGGCAUCGAGAAACCGGAGAUGAUGGAGGUCCUGGCCAGCUCGAAGGACGAACGUAACACCUGGAUGCAGCUCAUCCAGGAAGCCAUGCAGUCCAUGGAGAAGGAUGAGGAUGAAGGGAUCCCUAGUGAAACAGAGGAUGACAAGAGACAACUGGAGACUAAAGCCAAAGAGAUGAGAGAUCUGUUGAGACAGAAGGAUACAGAGAUCAUGUCUCUGCUGGAGGAGAAGGUGCGGCUCUUCAGGGGAAUGUGGGAGGGCUUGAACUCAGGCGAGGAGGCCUGCCGUCAGGUUGAGCCUUUCUUCAGGUCAGCCUGCAGCCUGGAGCCACCCAGGGGGGCGUCCAUCAUGAAGGAUGCCCUGCAGGAAGUGGAAACGUUACAGGCGCUGGUGAACGGCAGCCUGGGUGGUGCGAUGGCCAGUGUCCAAGAGGGAGGAGGAGCGGGGCCCGUGUGUUUGCCCCGUCGGGCUGAGACCUUCGGAGGCUUCGACAGUCACCAGAUGCACAGCAGUAAGAGUGGAGACAAAGACGAGAGUGAGGAUCCGACGGGUGAUCUGCGCAGGACGGAGUCCGACAGUGUUUUAAAGAAGGGAGGAAACGCCAACCUGCUGCUGCUGCUGAAGAGGAACAGUGAGCAGGUCCUGAACAGUGUCUCCAAUCUGCAUCUCCUGCUCAGCACUCUACAGGCGGUGGUGGUUCAGCAGGACAGCUUCAUAGAGGACCAGCGGCAGGCCCUGAGCGAGCGCUCGUCCUCCUGCACGUCUUUAUCACGGCCGUCUUCGCGGCCCAGUUCUCUGAUUGAACAGGAGAAGCAGCGCAGCCUGGAGAAGCAGCGGCAAGAACUGGCAUCCCUGCAGAGACAGCAGUCAGCUCAUGCUGAGGAGAGGAGGAGAAGGGAGAAGGAGUGGGAGUUCAGAGAACAGCAGCUGGCUGAAAAGGAGGUGCUGGUGCACAUACAGCAGGAGGAGGAAAUAUCAAAACAGCACAUGGAGCUGGAGGAGGAGAAGCAGGAGCUGCAGAGCAGGAAGGAGGAGUACCAGAAAGACUUGGAGAGGCUCAGAGACGCCCAGAGGAAACUGGAGAGGGACAGGGAGGCUGUGCAGCGGCAGCUCGACAAGAUGGAGGAGCUCCGUCUGGCUGAGCGGACUCCCUCCACGACAUCUGAUGAGUUCCCCGGCAGCUCCCAGUCUCUGGAGCUGGACCCGCUGGAGCUCUCCUCCUCCUCUUCCUCCUCCCUUCCGAGGAUGCAGCCCCAGAAGUCAAAGCCUAAAGGGAAAGGCCUCAAUCCCUUUACCUCAUCUUCCACUAACCCCAACCUGAAGGGCAGUGAAGCUAACAACCAGAUCUCAAAGAGCCUGCUGCAGCUGGCCAAGAACAAGAACAAAGACAGCAAGGAGAAGAAGAAGAAGAAGGGCAAAGGAGGGAGCACACAAACUGCAGACCCCCCGCACCUCCCAGAGCCUCCUCUGGAUGGAGAGAUCUUCUUCUGCUGAGAGAAGUGGCUCCUCUACUCUCCUCCUCUCUAACCCAUCACGCCGCUCUGACAUCCAGAGGACUGUGUUACUGCCAAGUAGUAACACAAUAAAAAAGACUUUUAGCUAGAUGAUCGUAACGUAGAGCGAUUUAACAUUACAUGCAAGAAAAAUGACAAAAAAAAAAUGUAUGUUCAGUUCAAAAUAUCACCACUGCUUUUAGUUUUCUGGAAAAUAGAUUUUCAGUGGCUCUGUUUUGGUGUGCAAGUAGGCAUGCUUGCACUUCAUAAAAAUUGGGAAUGUUGAAUGACGGUGCACUCUGGGGUAUUCACUGUCCAAAAACAAUGUUUCCUUUUCCAAAGAUGUGGUUAGAAUUUCUUCAUUUUGAAGAAUCUUACAUUUCUGACAGCUCAGUAUCAAAUUGAAAGCAUUUCACAGCGGAUUGCCUCACAGGCUCUACUAAGUAUGUCACGGGCUUCACUGCCUCUCUGUCUCCAUGUUUGUUAUGGCCCCAACUAGCUCCCUUUUCAGCAGUCUGUCCCACACAAACAGACUGUUUCAACCAGAAAUAUGUUAAUUUACAGAUGCAGUGUCCUGCCCAUGUGACCACACACACACACACACACACACACACACACACACACAUAUAUCCAAACGCUACUUUGAAACAGAUACAAAUGUCAACAAGCUCCAUGUGGCACUGGAAACUGCUCACUCGGAAGCAUUUUCAUUGACAAUUAAUAGAAGAAUGAAACCACAAAAGAAAAUCUGCCAAAGCAGAAGUGUCCUAUUAACAUUUCCUAAUCAAAAAAGUCAAGUGUUGUCAGUUUUUGUUCCAGCGUUUCAAUCCAAAACGCUACUGCAUAUAUUCACAUCAGAAUAAAUCAUAGCCAGACAUUCCUUCACUCACCAUUUGAAAAGCAGAUGUGAUUAUGUCCACUAAUUUAGUCUCCAGUUUGUAAGCAAAAUGGAACUGGCACAUGAUAAGUUCAGUAAUCUUGUGUAACGACUUGCCAUCAAUCAUGUUUCUUGGCUAUGUUUUAAAUUUAUCUGAAUUAUGGAUAUCUCAAUUUUAGAGUGAAACUCUUCAAAAUGUGCGUGCCUAUUUUCCAGAUUCAACAGUAAUGAAAAGAUUGAGACAUAUCUGCCUGUGUCUAAUGGCUCAAUUCAUAUCCUUUAGUGUGUUUUAAAGCCUUGGCUGGAUAUUAGUUUGAUCCUCGCUUUAUCUGCCUGUCACUGGGCUUUUAUGCAGCCCUCAUCGUUCAUCUGAGCGAGGCUUUCCUUCGUUUUUUAAUUGCAUGUAACUCUGCAGGUAGCAUACUAAUGGCUUCUGUGUAGUAAAGAGUUCAGCUUUCCCUUUCAACCUCCCUCUUUCAUUUCAGAUAACAGACGCGGUAAACGAACACGGCUGAUGGUUUUUGGAAAUGGAGGCUGUUAAUUUAGGGACAAAGCAGCUGGUUAGAGAAAAUGAGAAAGGACAUUAACUAAAAACACCAAAUAAUGUUACGUGUCCCUGUUUAGAUGCUUAAUGACAAAACCUGCACAGCAGGUACUGCCUGAGUAUCUGAUUAUUUCAAAUUAAUCAACAUUCUUCAAUUUUGUUAAGCACUUUGGUCGUAAUGUGUUGGUGCGGUUUUUUUUCUUUGUUAUCAGUGUGAGAUAUCAAUCAAGGGGAUCUUUGUUUCCAGUUUUUUAAUCAAGGGCACUGACGCUCAUGAAAAGCAACAAUGAUCCAAAGUGAGAUUGUUCACGAUGUGUUGAAUCACAUCAAAGAUGCUGCGGUUCCAGAUUGUUAGUGUGGCAGGUAACUUUUAUAUGUUUGCAGCGUGACCUGUCUUCAUUUUUCAAGCCUGUGGUUUAUUCCCACUAAGGCCACAAAUCUACCUGCUGGACAGGUAGGAAACAAACAGAGGAAGUUUAAAAAAAAAAAGCCCUUUCCUGAUGAAUUACAGAGCAGCGUCACUGAACUGCUUCCUUGCUGCCUCUUUUGUCUCAUGUUUAAGUGCUUGUUUGUUAACUUGCCGUCUGUGUUGAGGAUUUGACUUGAUGUCCAGGCUGGUUUAUUAUAGUGUGUCUUGUAAGAGGCUUACAGAACCAGCCAAUUAGUUGCUUCAUGUCUUUUGUUUAUGGCUUCAGUGUAAUCCUGUCAAAGAAACAGAGAGGAAUUUGCUUUUUUUCUCUCUAUUGCUUUAGGUGUGUUUUGACCACUAGGGAGCACUGCACCUAUGACUAAAUUAAUUCACUCCCUCACACAACAACAACUAGAAAGUAUGAAACUAUUUUUUAAUUUCCUUUUUAAAAUAUAUAUAUAUAUAUAUAUAUUAUCCCUGCUGUGAAAAAUUGAGUUUUUUCUCAGCAGGUCAUUGCCGUACAGAGAUAAUGUGAUGAGCGUGGGUUCUCAUACUCUGUGACAUUUUCCCCACGGCAUUUGUAAUUGACUGCAGAAACAAAUAAGUUGUCAGAGACUGUAAUUGGUUAUUCAGUGAAACCAGUCGGCAGCAGCAGCUUUAAUAUGGAAAAAACGGUUUGAGGGAGCGACAGGGCAGAACCACAAACCUCUCUCUGUAAGGGACAAUCAGCAGACGCGAGUCAAGAAAAUGAACUCCCUUCCCGAUCAUGAUAGGCCUGUCCACAUGACGAGUGUGUCCAUCAGGUGAACCCUGCGUAGCCUUAAAUCUUAACGAUGAAAUGCACUAGAGUAGAACCCAGCAUCUUCUCAGGAGAGAGGGAAGAGCUUUUAUACCUCUGCUUUCAAACGAAGGAAAUGUUUGUAUCAUGAAAAUGGUACAGGAUUGUUUCAUUCUCAAUUAUGUAAAAAAAAAAGGGCAAAGACAAAUGUGUAAAUAUGAUUUAUGUAUAAAACAAAUCAAAUGUAAAAAAAAUAAUUGUUUCUUUUGUGAUUUAUUGCAGCAUUUUGUAAUAAUGUUUUAUUUAUGUUUUAUUCUCACCCGCUGGGUGACGAACAAUGUAAAGUCAUAUUUCUCUCAUAAUAAAAAAAAAUCAUAAUGGA